AACACUCUCACAUCAGCCUCCUCUCUAGACCAAGAGGCCCACCAAUCUCUCCUAUACAAGCGCAGCCAAUCUACCCUCCCACUCCAUUAUCUAUACAAACAACCGCAUCCAAAAUGUCCGAACCAGGUCCCGAAUCAAUCCCUACCAGCGCAGACCCGCGCAGCAAACGUCCCACCAAACGCCGCGCCGUAACAGCACUCGACGAACACGCCACGCAAAUCGAGUCUCUAUUCCGCGACCCCACAAAAGAAAUAAAGCUUCCCGACCCCUCCAAGCAACGAACCUCGACAUCGCUACCACCGCCGCCAGAGAUUGUCGCCAACGUCCAGGGUUCCUCUGCUGGUGCGGGGUCGGGCGAGUUCCAUGUCUACAAAGCGAGUCGGCGGAGGGAGUACGAGCGGCAGCGGCUGAUGCAGAGCGAGGUCGACAAGGAGAAGGAGGAUAAGGAGUGGGAGCAGAAGCGGGAGGAAGCGCGGAGGAAGGAUGAAGAGAAGACGGAGAAGAAUCGGAAGAAGAGGGAGAAGAGGAAUGCGAAGAAGGGGAAGAAGGGUGGCAGUGGGGGUGGUGCGUCGAAUGGAGGGGAUAAGAUGGCUGUUGAUGAGACGGGAAAGAAGGUCGGGGGUGGUGCUGAUGGGGAUAAAAAGGACGGAACUGAGAGUGGGGAUGGGAAUGGUCAUGAGGAGGUUGCUGAGGUGCCCGGAGUGAUCAUUCAUGAUGACUGAAUGGAGAAGGGGUUGUAGUAUAUACGGGCUACGAAGGAACCGGGGCCUACGGAGGCUAGAGAUUGUACGAUAUGAAGAUACCCAUUGUAAUUUUUGGUCUAGGAUAUUCAUACAAGAAGUCCAAAUGGUAAUCGUGCA